AUGCCGCCCCUGCAAGGCUCCCUCGCCUCCCCUCGGCUCCAUGUGCUCCGGGCUGCUCGGAAUACAUUUGGCGUGCGCUCGCUGCUGCUGCGACAGGAGGAGGAUUCAGCACCAGAGCCGAGCUGCUGCUGCUGCUGCUGCUCCUCGAUCCCCACACCAGCUGACUGGAUAAUUAAACUAAACACAUGCCGCCAGAGCCACUCCAACCCAGCGACGCUCCUGGGAUCCCUGGUGCCACCUGGCAGGCUCUGGCCAAGCACAAGGGAGCGGCUCUCGGAAAAACAAGCGCGCAAAGGCGCAGAGGAGAGCGGCGGGCGAGGGCGCACGGCGGAGAGGUGCCCACGCGAAGGAGCCCCGCGAAGCAGACCCGCACCGGCUGCUCCCGUGCGCUUCCCCGGGAUGCCGGAAGGGAACUGCGAGGCGGCUUCCUUGAAAGGACCGGGCAGGCGACAAAACCAGAGGAGCCACCCCCGCGUGGCAGAAGAGAUCGCAGCCCAGGCGAGCAGGCAGCGGCCACGCUUCUGCAGCGCCCGGCGGAGCGGCAAGCCACGCGCGGAAGGCAGUUUGGGCCGCAGCAACGACUAG